AUGUGGAGCGCAAGCAAAUUUUUCUUCUUCUUCUUCUUCUUCUUCUUCUUCUUCUUCGUUUUUGUCGUCAUUGUCGUCAUCUUUUUUUUUGUCGUCGUCGUCGUCGUCUUCUUCUUUUUCGUCGUCGUCGUUGCCAUCGUCGUCGUCUUCUUUUUUGUUGUCGCCGUCGUUGUCUUCUUCUUCGUCGUCGUUGUCUUCGUAGUCUUCGUCGUCGUCUUCUUUUUUGUCGUCGUCGUCAUUGACUUUUUCUUCUUCGUUGUCGUCGUCGUCGUUUUCUUCUUUUUUGUCGUCAUACGUGGUCUUCUUCUUCUUCUUCUUCUUUUUUGUCGUCGUCGUUCUCUUCUUCGUCGUUGUUUUUUCAUCUUCAUUUUCUAUUUUCUUCUUUUUUCUCUUGCUUUUAUUUCUCAGCGAACGUGUCCCCGCCACGUAAAAGUUCCGUUGGCCGCAAAAGUCGUUGUUUUUCUUGGCCAGCCACCCAUUCGCUCGCCUGACAGACGCUCGUUCACCAAGCGAGACGUGACGCCAUCGCAGCGAGUCAAUCAAGAUAUGUGCCCCGCCGCCCCUCCCUUCCCCUUACUUUCGUACGCAUGUGUAAUUACGUCAACAAAAACAUCGCUUCUAUCUAUCUAUCUAUCUAUCUAUCUAUCUAUCUAUCUAUCUAUCUAUAUAUAUAUAUAUAACUGUUAUUAUGCAAUGUAA